CUCUGUAUCCUAAAUUUUUCUGUGUCAAGCUGAUUUUUUCUCUGUUUACAUUUAUUCACAUAUCUACGCCUUCUAUAAAUUACUCAAUAAAUAAACCAACAAAUUAAACAAUGUCAAGCUUCAAUACUAAAUAUAUCUUCUCCGGAUCUCCUACAAGCCCCUCAUUAGGAGGUCGUUCUGCGGCUGCUCGACAGCGUUUGUCAAGCAAAAUAUCCGCCCCACGUCCGAUGAACUUACCAAGCUUAAAAAGCGAAAUUGGUUCCGGUACUGGGAAAACUUCCACAUCUCCUGCAACUACGUAUACAUGGGGCAUGUCCAAAGACACGAGCAAAGAAAAUAACACUGAUAAAAAGCCCUUAAAUACUACCAGUAAAGCAGCACCUACCUCACCUGCAAAUUCACCUACAGCAUCAACCACGACAGCAUCUCUUAAACAGACUGAGCCAGCCAUUGCUACACCAGUAGCUACAUCACCACCUCGUGCUUGGGGAACUGUACCUAAGGUGUCGACAGCCAAAGUACAAACAUCAUCAUUAGACUUUCCAACAGCACAAGAAGCAGCUGCUUUUGAAAAAUCCAAAAAGAAUACUUUGAUGGUAAGUUUUUUAUUGAUAAGUUGUGUUUCGAUAAAGUAAAUUUAAUACACGGAUAUUUUAACUACUCAUUGAUUGAAUA